AAACCAGCAAUUUACCAUAAGUUAUAGUAAACGUUAAUCAGUAAUAGCUCGGCCAUUGCAAGUGAAAGGCACAAAGCCAUUUUAAUUAGUUUCUGUUAAACGGUAAGUGAUUUUCUACACAGACUAUUUUUGUUGUUAAUUGGCACGCCAUCCACGACAUGCGUUUUUGUGUUCGCUAUACACGGAGCAACAUAAGCUCUUGUUUUACAAUUUUCAACUACUGCGCACAUAAUAAUCGUUUACACUUGCCAUUAACUCGAUCAGUGUCGCAAUUUUGUCAGCAGAUAUUCUUUAGGCCUGCUUUAUCGCAACCAGCCUAUCUCGAUUCAAGCCAUUAUUAUAGUGUUUUCAAUGCAUUACCAUCCCACUACGUCAUCGAUGUACGCUCUGAUACUUUGAGUUUACCUACUAGCGAGAUGCGUCAGGCCAUGUUCGCGGCCACUUUAGGUGAUGAUAUUUAUCGUGAGGACCCUAACGUUUUAAAACUUGAGCAAAAAGCAGCGGAACUAUUUGAAAAGGAUGCAGGUCUGUUCGUACCCAGUGGAACUAUGUCUAAUUUGUUGGCCAUAAUGGCGCAUUGUCCUCAACGGGGCGCAGAAGCGAUAGUCGGCGAUCUAUCGCACACGUUUCUCUACGAACAAGGUAGCGCAGCCCAAAUUGCCGGAGUUCAAUUAGCGACAAUACAAAAUAAAACAGAUGGCACAUUUUGUCUCGAGGAGAUGCAGCGUAAGAUUCGUCCCUACGAUGAUUCCCUUCAGCCCGUUACGUCGUUAGUGGUGGUGGAGAAUACACACAAUAUGUGCGGCGGCAAAGCUUUGCCGUUGCAAUGGCUAGAUGAAUUGGCUGCCAUUUGCAAAACUAAAGAAAAUACAAAUGGCAAAAAUAUUGCUCUGCACAUGGACGGCGCACGUGUCUUUAAUGCGGCCGAGCAUUUAAAUGAGUCGGUAGCACGUAUAACAAGAGAGUUUGAUUCGGUUAGCUAUUCCGUGUCAAAGGCCUUAUUAGCGCCGGUGGGGUCAAUGCUGGUGGGUUCAGAGACAUUCAUUGCCGAGGCUCGCCGCCUUCGCCUGGCAUUGGGCGGCAGUAUGCAUCAGUGCGGUAUCUUGGCGGCUGCUGGUUUAUUGGCUCUUGAGAAAUUUGAGCCGCUCUUAAAAGAGGACCACCGCAGGACGAAGCGCAUUGCAGAAGCAUUUGCUUCUGUGCAAGCCCUUGCACGAUUUUCCAAUUGCCUGGAUUUUGUGGGAAUGGAAUUCAAAAAAAAAGGAAAACAAACAAGAGGCUAUGUUUAGACGACCCUACGAUGUACAAACGCGUUAGCCUUGCUUACUUGUUUUAAAUUGUGUUCGGCAUAUUUUGAAGUUCUCCCAGUCUUUGAGUGAAAGUAAUAAAUGAACACGAGUUGCAAAUACUUCAUCCGUUGCAAUGGACAGACGAAGCAAACACAUGCUUCGUGUUUCUAACAAAACCAACAACAAAACUAUUAUACUUGCUUUCUCUCCACUGUGCGGUGAUUGCAAGUAUUGAGUUAACAUUAUUAUGCCUGCGGUGUAUACCCAUAAAGAGGAAACAAUGAUAAACUUGCAUAAAAUUUAAAAUUAGGCGGUACACAUUUACAACCUUGUUAGAAAAGUAUCGCCGUGAGUAAAUGCGUAGCUUCAUGCCUUCUUGUUGAUAAUUGUUUUGAGUAAAUUAUGUACUCGAGAGUACAGUUAGGCGUUCUUUGUCGGCUAAGCUUGAAGAAAUUGACAUCACUGGCAACAUUGCGUUAUUGAAGCCGAAGUUUUCAGGUUAAUCAAUUUCCGGGAAAAGCAGAGCUUAUCAGAAUCAUCGAACAAAACAUGGGGAUUGCAAUUAAUGGCUGAAAUCAGAAAAUGCGCAAAAAAGCUCGCGACAAUUUCACAACAAAAAGUUGCUGAUGAUUGUAAAGAUCGCCGGAGAAAGCGCGGCUAAGUAGCCCCUGUUGCUGGAUAGACGACUAAAAGGUGGAGAUCAAGAAAGGUUCAUCACUAUUCGUUUUUUGCCUUCUAUUUCAUUAGACCUACUACGUCAUUUGAGAUGCGGUUCAUUUGCCUUUUAUAAAACAUAGGUACACGGAUGCAGUUCACGUAAAUUUUGCCUGUGAUUUUACGCUAAUGUACGUUUAUUUAAUUAUUUAAAUUUAACACUACAUCGAGGCUUUCCGCACAACAAUGUAAUGCAGUGGCAAAGAACUUUGCUUUUGUAGAAACAUGCACACACGAUAUCUCUCUUAAAUAUAAAUAUGUAUUAAAUAUGUAAUUAAAUGUCAUAAGUAUGCCGAAAAUGUAUUUGAUAAUGCAAGCGUACUAAAGUAUAAAAAGAGCGGCAAAAUAGUAAAACAAACAAUAAAUUACUAUAAUGACAUAAGAGCAGGCAUACGGGCAUAUAAUAAUUGAUAUAAUUCGAUGGAUUUUCAUUUUAUUUCGUUUUGCCCGAAAGUCGUCGAAAACAUUGAGAACACAUUCGGUUUCAAUAUCAUAUGCGCGCGGAUUAGAUAAUCUAGCUCGGAUUGUUGCUUCCCUAUCAAAAUUGAAACCUGACAAGAGAACAAUGAUUCAGAUCUUCGCUACUGCAACAAUGACUUAUAGCAAUGCGCCCAACAACACACAUUUUUCGAUUAGCUAAACAAUUUCCGUGAGUUUCAAAACUUAUUUCUCAUGUGGUUCUAAUUAAAAUAAAUGUGUCAAGUAUAUCAUCUUGCAGCGGGAAUUCAUUUUCAAUUUCGCUUCGUUCAAUCAGCCA